AGAAUACUAAUCUGAAUUUCGAGAAGCGGCAAAAGACAGGAUCAAUGACGAAGUCGUGGAUAAAUUGCCUGAACUACGUGUCAUGUCAAAGCCAUGCAGUGAUGCCACGCCACCUGCUUGCUUCGUAGUUCUCAUCUCAUGGAAAGCAUCGGAUGGUCGCCUAUAAACCCAAACUUACACUUCAACUUUGACCUUCCUAAUUUGACGCUUCAAGUCACUUUCCGGUCAUGGAUCUAAUUCACAAGUUUCUUAACUUAGUAGCCCCUCCGUUUACCUUCUUCUCCCUAUGCUUUUUCUUGCCACCUUAUCUUCUUUUCAAGUCCUUCCUCUAUGUAUUCUACUCCAUUUUCAGUGAGGACGUUUCCGGCAAGGUCAUCCUUAUAACUGGCGCAUCUUCAGGAAUAGGAGAGCACUUGGCUUACGAGUACGCGAAGAGAGGAGCCCGCUUAGCCCUUGUAGCCCGCAGAGAGAAUCGACUGAGAGAAGUUGUUUAUAGAGCGGAGGAGUUGGGCUCUCCUGAUGUUCUCAUGAUUCUUGCUGAUGUGCAGAAAGUCGAUGAUUGUAGCCGAAUCGUUGAUGAAACUGUUAGUCAUUUUGGAGGUGUAAGUACCCAUGCACUUUUAGAUCAGAUGCUUGUACGUUAAUGUCAUUUUGCUAUUUUUAUUCAGAUAAUUAAUGGACCUAAUGCUUGUGUUUUAGUGGAUCAUCUUGUCAAUAAUGCCGGAAUCGGCGCCGUCUCCAUGUUUGAAGAAAUUACAGAUAUCACCAAUUUUAGGAUGAUAAUGGACACAAACUUCUGGGGUUCAGCUUUUAUGACACGUUUUGCCGUUCCGUACUUAAGGGACAGCAGAGGAAAGAUUAUAGUCCUCUCUUCCUCUGGUUCAUGGCUGCCACUGCCAAGAAUGAGCAUCUACAAUGCAAGCAAAGCAGCAUUGGUGACCUUCUUCGAGACAUUAAGGGUUGAAUUAGGAUCUGAUGUUAGUGUACUAAUAGUGACGCCUGGUCAUACAGAGUCUGAAUUGACCCAAGGCAAGUUUAUGUUAGCUGAAGGCAAAGUGGAUGUGGAUCAAGACUUGAGGGAUGUUCAAGUGGGUCCGAUCCCAGUCGAAACAGUUAGCGGAUGCGCCAAAGGAAUAGUAAACAGCGCUUGCAGGGGAGAUAAGUAUCUGACAGAGCCAGCAUGGCUCAGGGUAACGUGGCUAUGGAAGGUAUUUUGCCCUGAUAUGCUUGAAUGGAAUUAUCGUUUUCUGUUUCUUAACAGACCAGAAGAACCAGCCACGGAAGCUCCUACCAAGAAAAUUCUUGAUAUGACUGGAGCUAAGAAAAUCCUCUACCCUGAGACUAUUCAAACGACUGAGCCCAAGAUCGAGUGAGAUAAAGAGUAUGCCUGAAACUGCUCUUCAAAGUGAAUGCCUGUGUUUUGAAAUUCAAAUUCGAAUCGAUACUUCCUUUUUUUUCUUUUGGGUAUCAGAAACUCUGUAGUGUGCAGUGACUUUUGAAGUUGUGAUUGUAGGAGGAGUGCUUUCUUUUUUUACAUUUGAAAUUUUAAGAAAUUCUCUCUUGUCGUUUACGCUAUAUUGCAAAACACUGCAAGUGAAAUGACAGGUUGUUGGUGUCGUUUGGAUUA